GGAGCCGGGGCGGGGCGGGACAAACCGGGUACACAGGCAGGCGCACGGGGCGGGGACAGGCGACAGCGGCGCGGAACGCAGAGCGGCGGGAGAGGAGCUUGGGCUCCUGGUCUCCGCUGCCGCCAUGGCUACCGUGGACCUGGAGAAACUGCGGAUGUCGGGGGCUGGCAAGGCCAUUGGAGUGCUGACCAGCGGCGGUGAUGCGCAAGGUAUGAAUGCUGCUGUCAGGGCUGUGACCCGUAUGGGCAUAUAUGUGGGGGCCAAAGUCUUCCUCAUCUAUGAGGGCUACGAGGGCCUUGUGGAAGGAGGCGAGAACAUCAAGCCAGCCAACUGGCUCAGCGUUUCCAAUAUCAUCCAGCUGGGUGGCACCAUUAUUGGCAGUGCCCGCUGUAAGGCCUUCACUACGAGGGAAGGCCGCCUGGCUGCAGCCUACAAUCUGCUCCAACACGGCAUCACCAACCUGUGUGUCAUCGGUGGCGACGGCAGCCUCACGGGGGCCAACAUCUUCCGCAACGAGUGGGGCAGCUUGCUGGAGGAGCUGGUGAAGGAAGGCAAGAUCUCAGAGUCCACAGCUCAGAACUACGCACACUUGACCAUCGCCGGUCUGGUGGGCUCCAUCGAUAACGACUUCUGUGGCACUGACAUGACCAUUGGCACAGACUCAGCCCUGCACCGCAUUAUGGAGGUCAUUGACGCCAUCACUACCACUGCCCAAAGUCACCAGAGGACCUUUGUUUUGGAGGUGAUGGGACGGCACUGCGGGUACCUGGCGCUGGUGUCUGCCCUGGCUUCCGGGGCUGAUUGGCUAUUCAUUCCUGAAGCGCCCCCUGAGGAUGGCUGGGAGAACUUCAUGUGUGAGAGGCUGGGCGAGACUCGGAGCCGAGGCUCUCGGCUGAACAUCAUCAUCAUCGCAGAGGGUGCCAUUGACCGGCAUGGAAAGCCUAUCUCAUCCAGCUACGUGAAGGAUGCCUCCAGAACCACAGAGGUCCAGCGGACACUGAGCAGAAGUGCCAGAGACUACAUUCAGCUUUGAAUAGCCAGGGCUGCAGGCCAUGAAACACAGCCGGUCCUGUAUGCACAGAUACAUCUCUCUAUGCACAAACACACGGACCUUCCAUGUACACUCACACGAUCACAUGACCCGCACAUAUCACGUGAACCUCACACUUGGAUAGUGUGGCUUAUUUCUCAGGCUGGUUUUGGGGAACCUCUGUGUUUGUAAAUCUAAGGCAACAUGGGUGGACCAUGGGAUCUAGGCUCAUAGACAACUGGACUGAAGGGACCUACAGACCCUCUGCUCUUUUGACAAAUAGCUGGUGGUUCAGAGGCUGGGCUUCGAUACACGAGUGACUGUGCUGGGUCAUGUACAGCGAGGAGGGACGCCUUCAGCCUUCGACCGAAUCCUGAGUAGCAAGAUGGGUAUGGAGGCCGUGAUGGCGCUGCUAGAGGCCACGCCUGACACGCCGGCCUGUGUGGUCAGCCUCUCCGGGAACCAGUCUGUGAGGCUACCUCUCAUGGAGUGUGUGCAAGUGACAAAGGACGUGCAGAAGGCCAUGGACGAGGAGAGGUUUGACGAGGCCAUCCAGCUCCGUGGCAGGAGCUUUGAGAACAACUGGAAAAUUUACAAGCUCCUUGCCCACCAGAAGGUGUCUAAAGAGAAGUCCAACUUCUCCCUGGCCAUCCUGAAUGUGGGGGCUCCAGCUGCUGGCAUGAAUGCAGCUGUGCGCUCCGCAGUGCGCACUGGUAUCUCCGAGGGACACACGGUAUACAUCGUGCAUGAUGGCUUUGAGGGUCUGGCCAAGGGUCAGGUGCAAGAAGUGGGCUGGCAUGAUGUGGCAGGCUGGCUGGGACGUGGUGGCUCGAUGCUGGGGACCAAGAGGACACUGCCCAAGCCCCACCUGGAGGCCAUUGUGGAGAAUCUCCGCACCUACAACAUCCACGCCCUGCUGGUGAUUGGUGGCUUUGAGGCCUACGAGGGUGUGCUGCAGCUGGUGGAGGCCCGGGGGCGCUACGAGGAACUCUGCAUUGUCAUGUGUGUCAUCCCAGCCACCAUCAGCAACAAUGUGCCUGGCACUGACUUCAGCCUGGGCUCAGACACGGCUGUCAACGCUGCAAUGGAGAGUUGUGAUCGCAUCAAGCAGUCAGCCUCAGGGACAAAGCGGCGUGUGUUCAUUGUAGAGACCAUGGGGGGCUACUGUGGCUACCUGGCUACUGUGACCGGCAUUGCUGUGGGUGCCGAUGCUGCCUACGUCUUUGAGGACCCUUUCAACAUCCAUGACUUAAAGGCCAAUGUGGAGCAUAUGACAGAGAAGAUGAAGACAGACAUCCAGAGGGGACUGGUGCUCCGGAACGAGAAGUGUCACGAACACUACACCACAGAGUUCCUAUACAACCUGUACUCCUCAGAAGGCAGGGGCGUGUUUGACUGCAGGACCAAUGUGCUGGGCCACUUGCAGCAGGGUGGUGCUCCAACCCCUUUCGACCGGAACUAUGGGACCAAACUGGGGGUGAAGGCCAUGUUGUGGGUGUCUGAGAAGCUACGUGAUGUCUACCGUAAAGGGCGGGUGUUUGCCAAUGCUCCAGACUCAGCCUGUGUGAUCGGCCUGCGGAAGAAGGUAGUGGCCUUCAGUCCGGUCACAGAACUCAAGAAAGAGACUGAUUUUGAGCACCGCAUGCCCCGGGAGCAGUGGUGGCUGAAUCUGCGGCUGAUGCUGAAGAUGCUGGCACACUACCGCAUCAGCAUGGCAGACUAUGUGUCUGGGGAGCUGGAGCACGUCACACGCCGCACCUUGAGCAUAGACAAGGGUUUCUGAGCUUACUGUCACUACUGUUCCUGCGUUCCCGGACUCUCACCCUCCCAGUGCUAGCCACAGAUCCCAGCACCGAGGGGAACUCAAGGGGAACUCGGAGCCCGUGGCUGGCUGAGGGAUGUGGGGGUCUACUGUGCUGCUCUGGGGCUCUUCCCUUAGCCCUCCCCCCACCCCCAGGACAGAGAGCCUGUGGGGCCCCUACCUUCCAGUCAGACCCACAUUGCCUCUCCCUCACUGGCCAGCUGGCUGCCUCACCACACGGCUGAAAAGAGCCUCACUUUUUUAGAAAUAAAGUCACCUGUCUAGAGCAUGGUCACUGGGACAACAUGACCAGAGGAGUCCAGGGAGAGGGUUGUCAGGACUCAGGUGCAAACCUUACCCAAGGCUAUAGUUUGUUUAAUUUAUAUAAGUACACUGUAGCUGUCUUCAGACACACCAUUAGAGGUCAUCAGAUCCCAUUGCAGACCGUUGUGAGCCACCAUGUGGUUGCUGGGAUUUGAACUCAGGACCUCUGGAAGGGCAGUUGGUGAUCUUAACCGCUGAGCCAUCUCUCCAGUCCUGCCCACAGCUAUUCUACAAGACUGGAAUUUAGGGAACCCUCCCGGGAAGAGACUAGGGAGACCUGAGCCCUUAGAGAGCUACUGAGGCUCGUGUGAGCCCCAUACCUGCCCUGGAAUGGCUGGGGUAUCGGCCUGUGGGCAAUGUGCCCCGGUCUGGAGAGGAGACUGUCAUUGUCAGUAUAGUGUUCUUGGCUGAUUGCUGCCCUUCAGGAGGUUCUUGAGGUCGGGACGUUGGCUCCUCAGAGAAGUUUAUGAAGGGCUGAGCCCUGGCCAGCCCCACCUCAGAUCCCUCUCUAAGCCCCUUAUCAGGGUUUCUUACGUGAGCUGCUGCUGGGUCCAUCCUCUACAGUGCCUGGAUUUUUACAAUAUUUACAAUAGGUGGAGGCUGUUUCUGGUUUCUCCGUGUAUGGAGGUCAAGGGUUGUGACUUUGGCUCUGUGGACCUGCAGGCCGCAUUGGGGCGGUGGUUUCCUUGGGUAGACGUCUCCCCCCAUGGGUCACUGUAAGGCUUCUGUGGGGGUAUUGCAGGCCAUGUACCCAGCUGCUUCAUCUGGCUGGAGCCCCCAAAGCUGCUGGGAGCAGAGUCCUGGAGUGUAAGUGUCAUAUCACAGCACCCUGGAGGGUUUGGUCUUGAGCACAUGGCAACAAGGCCUGUAUAUUAGGGCUCUAGAGAAACAGAACCAAUAGAAUGUAUAUAUACUGUAAAA